CAAUUGACCUCAUCGGUUAUUCUAAGUGUUUCAUGAAACACAAAUUCGGGUAGCUGCCCGUUCUUGUUUCGGCUUCCACCGCCUCCAUCUAAUCCAUCCAUUCUACAUACAUAUAUAUUCUUACGAUCUUCCUCAACUCAACUAUUAUGCUUGCAGCUUUCUUCUCUCUCCCUCAGCUUCCCCUUCGCGCUAUAACCAGAAAUAUUGUCCGUAACAUGAGUGGAGUACAAGCACUAAAACAUCCGAAGUUUAUCUCUGUGGAAGGGGCUGACAUUUACUCAAGAAGUAAAUCUGACGGUAUCAGAUUUCGUUUCGUUUCUUACAAUAUUUUAGCGCAGGUCUAUGUGAAGAGUUCUUUUUUUCCACAUUCUCCAUCCUCUUGCCUUAGGUGGAAAGCUCGAUCGCAGGCGAUUUUAGCAGUUCUUAAGAAUCUUGAGGCCGAUUUUCUCUGUCUACAGGAAGUUGAUGAAUAUGAUAGCUUUUACAAUGGAAAUUUGGAAAGAUGUGGAUAUUCCAGCUUAUAUAUUCAGAGAAGCGGGCAGAAGCGUGAUGGAUGUGGGAUCUUUUUCAAGCGUGAAAAUGCUGAGUUGAUCAUAGAAGAUAGAAUUGAAUACAAUGAUCUUGUAAACUCCAUGCAAGAUGAUGAUUGUUCUUGUGAAGAGAACAGUGCAAGUCACGAUGUUGAAUCAAGCAAGGGUUCAUCACCAAAAACUACACUAGCGGAUCGUGGGGAUCCUAACGAUCCCCGUGUGAGACUGAAACGUGAUUGUGUCGGAAUUAUGGCUGCUUUCAGACUCAAGAAGCCUUUUCAUCAUGUGGUAAUCGUUGCAAACACCCAUCUUUACUGGGAUCCAGAAUGGGCUGAUGUCAAGCUCGCCCAGGCCAAAUAUCUUCUAUCACGCCUAGCUCGAUUCAAAACAUUAGUAUCUGAGAAGUUCGAAUGCACCCCCUCGAUACUUUUGGCUGGCGACUUCAAUUCAACCCCAGGGGAUAAGGUAUACCAAUGCCUUGUUUCUGGCAAAUCUUCUUCUGAAUUAUCGCCUGAAUGCUUGGAAGAGCUUCCAUUGCCCCUUAGUAGUGUGUAUGCUACUACACUAGGGAGAGAACCGUCAUUUACAAACUUCACUCCUGGCUUCACCGGUACUCUUGAUUAUAUAUUCUUCUCACCUUCAGACUCUAUAAGACCCAUUAGCCUUCUAGAGCUUCCUGAAUCAGAAUGCCCAGAGGUCAUUGGAGGGUUACCCAAUUUUAGCUACCCAAGUGAUCAUCUUCCAAUUGGAGCUGACUUUGAAAUCACAAUGGAAUAAGUUAUUGGUUCACCAAUUCUAAUUUUCUCCCACAUUUUUUUUCUUCAUAUUGUUUCUUUAAUCUAAAGGCUUAGGAAGUUACCUACGUACUCGAACUGAUUCCUGUGAUCGAUCAAAGUCGACCAUAAUUGUAAACCAAGAUCUUGAAAUUUAGACAUAUUUAUUGUUGUUAUUGUUUUGAA